CGGAGCCAGGGAGCAGGAAGAUGUCGAAUGAACUUGAUUUCAGGUCUGUGCGACUGCUAAAGAAUGACCCUGUGAACUUCCAGAAGUUUCCCUACACUAAUGAAGAUGAGGCCUGGAAGACAUACCUGGAGAACCCCUUGACGGCUGCCACCAAGGCCAUGAUGAGAGUCAACGGGGAUGAUGACAGUGUUGCCGCCCUGAGCUUCCUCUACGACUAUUACAUGGGUCCCAAGGAGAAGCGGAUCCUGUCCUCCAGCACUGGUGGCCGCAACGACCAAGGAAAAAGGUACUACCAUAGCAUGGACUACGAGCCGGACCUUGCCCCCCUUGAGAGCCCCACACACCUCAUGAAAUUUCUCACCGAGAACGUGUCUGGAAGCCCUGACUACCCAGACCCACUCAAGAAGAACAACCUGCUGAGCUUGGAGGGAUCCGUGCCCACCCCCGGCAAGGCCACUCCCCUCCCCCCAGGUCCAAGCAAGCUGGAAGCCAGCUCUGUGGACAGCUACCUCUUACCCACUAGUGAGAUGUAUGAUAAUGGCUCCCUCAACUCUUUGUUUGAGAGCAUUCAUGGGGUGCCACCCACACAGCGCUGGCAGCCAGACAGCACCUUCAAAGAUGACCCGCAGGAGUCGCUGCUCUUCCCAGAUAUCCUGAAGGCAUCCCCGGAACCCCCAUGUCCAGAGGAUUAUCCUAGCCUCAAGAGUGACUUCGAGUACACCCUGGGCUCCCCCAAAGCUAUCCACAUCAAGGCAGGGGAGUCACCCAUGGCCUACCUCAACAAAGGCCAGUUCUACCCGGUCACCCUGCGCACACCAGCAGGAGGCAAAGGCCUCACCCUGUCUUCCAGCAAAGUCAAGAGUGUGGUGAUGGUUGUGUUCGAUAACGAGAAGGUCCCAUUGGAGCAGCUGCGGUUCUGGAAGCACUGGCACUCCCGGCAGCCCACUGCCAAGCAGCGGGUCAUCGACGUGGCUGACUGCAAAGAAAACUUCAACACAGUGCAGCACAUCGAGGAGGUGGCCUACAACGCGCUGUCCUUCGUGUGGAACGUCAACGAGGAAGCCAAGGUGUUUAUCGGUGUCAACUGUCUGAGCACAGACUUCUCCUCACAGAAGGGGGUGAAGGGUGUUCCCCUGAACUUGCAAAUUGACACUUAUGACUGUGGCACGGGUGCUGAGCGCCUGGUACACCGUGCUGUCUGUCAGAUCAAGAUCUUUUGUGACAAGGGAGCUGAGAGGAAGAUGCGUGAUGAUGAGCGGAAGCAGUUUCGGAGGAAAGUCAAAUGUCCAGACUCCAGCAACAGUGGCAUCAAGGGCUGCCUACUGUCUGGCUUCAGGGGCAAUGAGACCACCUACCUACGGCCUGAAGCUGACCUGGAAACCCAGCCUGUGCUGUUUAUCCCCAAUGUGCACUUCUCCAGCCUGCAGCGCCCUGGAGGGGUCGUCCCCACAGCAGGACACAGCAGCUCUGACAGGCUGCCGCUGAAGCGUACCUGCUCACCCUUUGCUGAAGAGUUCGAACCUCUGCCCUCCAAGCAGGCCAAAGAAGAUGACCUUCAGAGAGUUCUAUUAUACGUGCGGAGGGAGACAGAAGAGGUGUUUGAUGCGCUCAUGUUGAAGACCCCAGACCUGAAGGGGCUGAGGAAUGCGAUCUCUGAGAAGUAUGGAUUCCCCGAAGAGAACAUCUACAAGGUCUACAAGAAAUGCAAGCGAGGAAUCCUAGUCAACAUGGAUAAUAACAUUAUCCAGCAUUACAGCAACCAUGUGGCCUUCCUGCUGGAUAUGGGUGAGCUGGACGGCAAGAUCCAGAUCAUCCUGAAGGAGCUGUGA